UCAGCGAUCUUGCUGUCUCUAGGCUGACAUUAGGGACCUGGCGAGUGUCCAGCUCUCAGUGGACAGUGCUUGGCUGUCCCGGGAGGCUCCAGCUCAGUGCCCAGCGCUGCCCCCUGACCGGUCUGGGCCCCUCCUGUCAGGUGAGCCCAAACUGGAGCAGGCACGUGAGCACCCUCCCACCCCCAGACACCCAUAAUCCCAGCAGCGGGCUCCCCACCAGUCUGAGCAGCUUGCUCCUAGGGACAGCAGGGUGCUGGGGGCGCCCUAGCUGGGCUCCUGAGCCACCACAGAAAGGGGGGACAGCAGAGAAGGUGCAGACCUGAAGGAGAGGGAGACAUGGAGGCAGUGCUGUGCAGCAGGGUGAAGCUGCUGGCCGGCAGGCUCUGGACGGCCAUCAGCAAGGCUCUGUUUGCCGAGUUCCUGGCCACGGGGCUGUACGUGUUCUUUGGUGUGGGCUCCGUCCUGCCCUGGCCUGUGGCGCUCCCGUCUGUGCUGCAGAUUGCCAUCACCUUCAACCUGGCCACGGCCACGGCCGUGCAGAUCUCCUGGAAGACCAGCGGUGCCCAUGCCAAUCCUGCCGUGACCCUGGCCUACCUCGUGGGCUCCUACAUCUCUCUGCCCCGAGCCGUGGCCUACAUAGCUGCUCAGCUGGCAGGGGCCACCGUUGGCGCAGCUCUCCUCUACGGGGUGACUCCGGGAGGUGUCCGAGAGACCCUGGGGGUCAACGUGGUUCACAACAGCACCUCAAUCGGCCAGGCAGUGGCCGUGGAGCUGGUCCUGACGCUGCAGCUCGUGCUCUGUGUCUUCGCCUCCACGGACAGUCGGCAGACCUUGGGGUCCCCAGCCGCCAUGAUCGGGACGUCUGUGGCACUGGGCCACCUCAUUGGGAUCUACUUCACCGGCUGCUCAAUGAACCCAGCUCGCUCCUUUGGUCCUGCCGUCAUUGUUGGCAAGUUCGCAGUCCACUGGAUCUUCUGGGUGGGACCCCUCACAGGGGCCGUCCUGGCUUCGCUUAUCUACAACUUCAUCCUGUUCCCUGACACCAAGACCGUAUCGCAGCGACUGGCCAUCCUCGUGGGCACCACAAAGGUGGAGAAAGUGGUAGGUGUGGAGCCACAGAAGAAAGAAUCCCAGACGAACUCAGAGGACACAGAAGUGAGCGUGUGACACACAGCUCCUGGCCCCUCGGGCUUCCAGGGCAGCAGGCCUUGUGUGAGGCGUCCCUGGUGUGUGGGGGGAUCAGGAGGCCUGGUCACGUGUUCUAACAGUGGGUACCGAUCUCUAUCCCUGAUGGAACACUUGGUUCUUUUUUUUUUUUUUUUUUUUUUUUUUCUUUUUUCCUCUCUUGAGAUCCAUGGAGCAGGCUGACCUCAUAGUCACAAUCUCCCCCUUUGGGAUAGCUGGGACAUAGGCGCUCCACCAUGACUGGCUUCUGCAUCCGUACACAGAAAAAAUCCAGGCUUAUGGUGUUUUCCUUUUUCUUUCUUUCAGCGUUUGAAUUUUUACACACAAAGCAAUGUGCUUCGUGGGUCCUUUUCAUUCUUUGCUUUUGUCCAUCUUCUCCCUGGCUCCCCUCCCUUGCCUAUGGGACAUGUUUAGCUCCUCCCCUCCUCCCUGUGGGUCCUCCACUUCUGCUUCACGUCAUAUGUAUUCUAUUGCCCUCUUCCUACUUCCCCAGCAACCUCCCCCAGCCCUCCUCCCCACAGCACCUUCUUCUCCCUCUCGUGGUUCUGUUUCUAGAUUCAUAACCUGUUUCCACUUUUUAAAAGUAGGAGUAAAAGUAGGCAGACACACAGCAGGAGUCCAGUGGGCGUCCCGGGCCUCUGGAGCCCCGUCUUGGGGAAAGGGGAAUUGGUGCCCAAAUAGCCAUUGUGCUUGGACUCUGACAAGGAAACUUCAGAACCCCAAACUUUCCCAAUGAGGAGAGGGAAACACUGGUCCUGGGGCAGUCUGAGCAUCUCGCAGGGUUUCCCUCAUCUAGGUGUGGUUGGGGCUCUGUCAGACCGGGGUUCCCAAGGACAGAGACGGCUCUUCCAAAGGGGCUUCAUUCCUACCUCCUGAAUGCUCAGGAAAGUCCCUCCCUGACAAGCUGACACAGAGGAACCUUCUAAGGGUUAGGAAGGUAGACCUGGCCAGAUGGCCCUGCCCCAGGCUAGUCACCCGAAGCCUCCACCUGCUGUACUCAGCCUGUGUCCUGGGCCGGAAGCCCCUGAAGUCUGAUCUCAGCAUUCUGGGUCCCAGAGAAGCUGUUUAGUCCUGUUAGAUGCCAGACCACGGGAUGGCCCAGAAAAUGGAGAGUAGAUGUUCAGUGCCUCUGAAAGGCCCUGGGAGUUGAUUUGUUUUUGCUAAAUGUUGAAGGCUGCCUUACUACUCUGCCUAGGACAGAAGGUUGGCGGGGGAGGGGGGAGGAGGAGAAGGGGGUGUUGGGACCCUGUCUGGAUUUCAUCUUAUCUGAUGUAAAAUGGGCACACUCCUCCCACUGGGAGCGCUGUGGCAACAAUGAGUUAGAAAAUGCUUUGGGAAGUUAAAUGCUGGUAGAACGACUCCAAUAAAUGAUGAUUAUUGUU